AUGUAUAGCGAGCAUAAGAAAAUUCUAAAAGCUGAGAAUACAAGGGAUGUUAAUCAAAGGCAUGACUCACAGUUUCCUAAAUGGUUCAAACAACGUGUUAAAAAAUUGUACCAUGAAGGGCGUGCUAGCAAAGAGCUCUUGUCCCUUGCCAAGGGUCCAGAUAAUCAAUUUGAAGAACAAUUGAUUUCUGGUGAGGAGCCUUACCAAGAGCAUGUGCCUGAUGAGGUUUUUGAAUCAAUGGAAAUUGAUGAAAUGCCAUCAUUAGAAAGAGAUGAUAUGAUCCCAUUAGGAUGUACUGAUGUAGAUAAUAUAUUUCAUGAACAACCAAUGGAAAAUGUAGAUGAAGAAGAUAACAACUUCAUUAAUGACAGUGAUAUCGAGGAAGAUUAUUGUAGUGAUGAUAUUCACAAAGAUGAUACAUUUAGCAAUGACGAAUGUGAAUCUGACUAA